CUCCAACUCCGCCGGCUGAGACCGCGAGCCACAGCGACUGCGGGGCCGGCCUGCCGGCUCUGGCCCCGGCUCCAGAGCGAGCGGCGAGCGCGCGGCGCACAGCGAGGCCGGCCGCCCGCGGAGCCCGGAAGCCCGGCGGGCCGCCGCGAUGUUCCCCAGGGAGACGACGUGGAACAUCUCGUUCGCAGGCUGCGGCUUCCUCGGUGUCUACCACAUCGGCGUGGCCUCCUGCCUCCGCGAGCACGCGUCCUUCCUGGUGGCCAACGCCACGCACAUCUACGGCGCCUCGGCCGGGGCGCUCACGGCCACGGCGCUGGUCACCGGGGCCUGCCUGGGGGAGGCUGGCGCCAACAUCAUUGAGGUGUCGAAGGAGGCCCGGAAGCGCUUCUUGGGCCCACUGCACCCUUCCUUCAACCUGGUGAAGAUCAUUCGGGGCUGCCUGCUAAAGACCCUGCCUGCUGACGGCCACGAGCGCGCCAGCGGCCGCCUGGGCAUCUCCCUGACCCGCGUCUCCGAUGGCGAGAACGUCAUUAUAACCCAGUUCAACUCCAAGGAGGAGCUCAUCCAGGCCAACGUCUGCAGCACUUUCAUCCCUGUGUACUGUGGCCUCAUUCCUCCUUCCCUCCAGGGGGUACGCUACGUGGAUGGCGGCAUCUCCGACAACCUGCCGCUCUACGAGCUCAAGAACACCAUCACAGUGUCCCCGUUCUCGGGCGAGAGUGACAUCUGCCCACAGGACAGCUCCACCAACAUCCACGAGCUGCGCGUCACCAACACCAGCAUCCAGUUCAACCUGCGCAACCUCUACCGUCUCUCCAAGGCCCUGUUCCCGCCCGAGCCCCUGGUGCUUCGAGAGAUGUGCAAGCAGGGCUACAGGGACGGCCUGCGCUUCCUGCGGCGGAACGGCCUCCUGAACCGGCCCGACCCCUUGCUGGCGCUGCCUUCCGCCCGCCCUCCUGCCCCCGAGGAUGAGGACGCACAGGAGGCCGAGGUGGCCACGGAGAGGACCGGAGUGAAGGACCACUUGCAGCCACCUGGGGAGGAUCACAUCCUCGAGCACCUACCCUCGAGGCUCAACGAGGCCCUGCUGGACGCCUGCAUGGAACCCACAGACCUGCUGACCACGCUCUCCAACAUGCUGCCCGUGCGUCUGGCCACGGCCAUGAUGGUGCCCUACACUCUGCCUCUGGAGAGCGCCGUGUCCUUUACCAUCCGCUUGCUGGAGUGGUUGCCCGACGUUCCCGAGGACAUCCGCUGGAUGAAGGAGCAGACGGGCAGCAUCUGCCAGUACCUGGUGAUGCGCGCCAAGAGGAAGCUGGGCAGCCACCUGCCCUCCAGGCUGUCAGAGCAGGCGGAGCUGCGCCGCACCCGGUCGCUGCCCUCCGUGCCGCUGUCCUGUGCCGUCUACAGCGAGGCGCUGCCCAGCUGGAUGCGCAACAGCCUGUCGCUGGGGGACGUGCUGGCGAAGUGGGAGGAGUGCCAGCGGCAGCUGCUGCUGGGCCUCUUCUGCACCAACGUGGCCUUCCCGCAGGACGCCCUGCGCAUGCGCACCCCUGCCGGCGCGGCCCUCGUGCCCCCGCAGCACCCGCCCGGCUCGCCCCCUUGCUGAGAGCCGCCCGCUCCGGCCUUCCCCGCCCCCGGUGCCGAGGGCCGGGCCCCCCAGCUUCCCUGCCCCGUGAGGCGGGGCCCUGGGGCCAGCAGAGAGAGGAGAUGGGGGUCCCUCACGCUGCCCGAGGGGGCUUUGCUGUCAACCAACCACUAACUCGCUGCACUGAGGAGGGAGGGGAGUGGAGUAGCCCUCCCCUCGCAGAGGGCCCCCUGUCUGUGCCUUAACCUCCCCUUGCAGGCCCCGCCCUGGGGCUGGGGGCUCCUGCACCUGCGGCCCCUGCCCAGCACCCACACCCGCGAGUGCAGUAUUACUGCUGAGAACUUUGCACCUGUUCCUCCCUCUACAUUUUUCUCAUUUGGCCGAAGCAUGUGUGUGAAUUAUUUAUUUUUGCCAAAGCAGAUGUAAUAAAUGCCGCUGCUCAGCCUUA